GCGGCGCCCGAAGGAGCGAAGGGCUGACUGACUGGUUGAGCCGACCGGAUCGAGGCGCGGCGGCGGCAGCGGCCUGCGCCAGGCGGAAGGCGCCAGGCGCAUCCUGGAGGAGGAGGGGAGAGCAGGGCGUGGACUGUGCACUCCAGAAGCUUGCCGUCUAGUGGAAGAGACCGGCCCAAGAAACAGUGCAGCUCGGCGUCUGGCUCUGCCUGUGGCCAGUGCCAGGAAGCCCACUGGGCUGCGCCCUGAAAGGCCGGCGCUCCAGCUCCUCUGUUCGUGCUGCAAGAGAAGGAGACUCAGCAGACUGGCCGGCCUGCCUGCCCUUGGGGCCCUGGCCACCUCGACAGCCUCACCCCAGCAGCCCCCCACGUGCCGGGGGCCCAGGACUGUGAGCACUCGCCGAGAGGUCCAGCCCACAGGCCCUAGUGCCCCGACAGCAGCCUGGGCCAUACACUGACUGUGGGGGAAGGGAGAGGCCAGGCCAUGGUUGCUCCCAGGCCCCACCCAGGGUCCUGAGGCCUCAAAGGUGGGCAGAGGAGCUUCCAGGACUCAGGGGUCACAGGUGGCUCCUGCCGAUUGGCCCGUGUGUCCUUCCCCCUUGGCGAGGUGCCAGGAAGCUGCAACUCUGUUAUCUGGGUAAUUAGCUUCAGACCCUGGACCGAGGCCGGCCGGUUCCUGCAGCUGCUUCCCACAGGCUGCACACCCUGACCCCGAGAGGGAGGCGAGGCCCAGCUCGGCCAAGCUGCCCAGGUGCCGGGUGGCCUGGUAAGUGGGCUGCAGUGCCCUCCCAGCUGCCCCCUUGCUGGAGCUGUGCCCCCAGGUCAGCCUGGGCCUGGUGACCUACAGGGCCUCCCAACCUGGCCUUGCCAGAGGCGGAGGGCCCGUGCCGUGGGGAGGGGAUGCCCCCUGAGGGUGCUAGUGCAGCCAGCCGCCCCACAGGCCCGGCGUCCGUGCCCCCCUGUGGGCCCCUUGAGCAGCUGCACUGGCCACAGCCCCUGCCAUGGCCGAGCAUCUGGAGCUGCUGGCAGAGAUGCCCAUGGUGGGCCGGAUGAGUGCCCAGGAGCGGCUGAAGCACGCCCAGAAGCGGCGUGCCCAGCAAGUGCGGCUAUGGGCCCAGGCCGAGAAGGAAGCACAGGGCAGAAAGGGCCCCGGGGAGCGGCCGCGGCGGGGCACAGACUGUGGCCGGCCGGAGAAGCAGGUCCUCUUCCCUCCUGGUGUCGUCCUUCUGGAGGCUGCUGCCCGCAACGACCUGGAGGAAGUCCGUCAGCUCCUUGAGAGUGGGGUCAGCCCCGACCUGGCCAAUGAGGAUGGGCUGACGGCGCUGCACCAGUGCUGCAUUGAUGACUUCCGGGAGAUGGUGUGGCAGCUCCUGGAGGCCGGAGCCAACGUCAAUGCCUGCGACAGCGAGUUCUGGACGCCCCUGCACGCUGCAGCCACCUGUGGCCACCUGCAUCUGGUGGAGCUGCUCAUUGCCCGCGGUGCCGACCUCCUGGCGGUCAACACCGACGGGAAUAUGCCCUAUGACCUGUGUGAAGACGAGCAGACGCUGGACUGCCUCGAGACGGCCAUGGCCGACCGCGGCAUCACCCAGGAGAGCAUCGAGGACGCGCGCGCUGUGCCGGAGCUGCGGAUGCUGGAGGACAUCCGGAGCUUGCUGCACGCGGAGGCUGACCUCGACGUCCCCCGGGACCACGGGGCCACGCUGCUACACAUCGCUUCGGCCAACGGGUUUGGGGAGGCGGCCGCGCUGCUUCUGGAGCACAGGGCCAGCCUGAGCGCCAAGGACUGUGACGGCUGGGAGCCGCUGCACGCGGCAGCCUACUGGGGCCAGGUGCACCUGGUGGAGCUGCUCGUGGCGCACGGGGCGGACUUGAAUGGGAAGUCCCUGAUGGAGGAGACACCCCUCGACGUUUGCGGAGAUGAGGAGGUGCGGGCCAAGCUGCUGGAGCUGAAGCACAAGCGUGACGCCCUCCUGCGGGCCCAGGGCCGCCAGCGGUCCCUGCUGCGCUGCCGCACUUCCAGUGCUGGUAGCCGGGGGAAGGUGGUGAGGCGGGCCAGCCUGACCCAGCGCUCCAGCCUGUACCGCAAGGAACACGCCCAGGAGGCCAUAGUGUGGCAGCAGCCUCCACCCACCAGCCCUGAGCCUCCUGAGGAGGAUGAGGACCGCCAGACCAAUGCUGAGCUCCAGCUACCGCCCCCUGAGGAGGCUGACCCUGAGGCUGCCCACCCACACAAUGGCCGUGUGGGAAGCCCCCUGGGGCGGCACCUGUACUCCAAGCGGUUGGAUCGCAGCGUCUCCUACCAGCUGAGCCCUCUGGACAGCUCCACGGCGGAAGCCCUUGGGCGGGACAGGGCCCACCACACCUUGGCGGAGCUCAAGCGCCAGCGAGCCGCUGCCAAGCUGCAUCGACCCCUAGCCGAGGGGCCUGAGGCCCCCAGUUCUGGCCUACCUGCUGACACUGGGACCCCCCAGUCUGAGUGUGGAUCUGGGGCCAGCGGGGACCCGCCCCUGCUCAAGCUGACAGCCCCCUCGGAGGAGGCCUCUGGGGAGAAGAGGCCGUGCUGCCGGCUCAUGUGAGGGGUGGGCGGCACCCGAUGGUCCUGCUGCAGGCCCUACCCUGGAUGCCCACCCAGACUGUGCCCUGGUGCUGUGGGCAGGCGGCGAGCAUGGGCCUGCACCUCUUCUGAGGGAUGGACCCUGUGGGGCGGAAGCUGUAUCUGGGUGGGGCUGGGCUGCAGAGACUCUGCUUCUAUCUGUUACUGUUGAUAAAAAGGUCCGCCUGCCACUGUGCUGUGUUGUGUCUCCGCCUGGCCACGGUCCCCACUCUGGGAGCAGGUUAUGCACUAGGCCCUGCACACCUUCCCACUCUGCCCCACACCACCCCUGCAAGCAUUCUUCCGGGUCCUGUAGGUGCACGCUGAGGCCUGCUGUGGCAGCCCCAGCCUCUGUGUGGAAGAGGCCACAGCCAGAAUCAAGAAGCCUGGUACUUACCACACUCUCUGGAAACCUCUUAGCUCUUUGCUUCCUC